AUGUAUAUUUUAGGCUGUUCUUCUACUUUACUUGACUUUGAGAAUGUGGCAAACACGACAUUCAGUGUGCCGGUUCCACAAGGUUAUGGUAACUUUAACUGGAGUAGUAUAAACCUCCUCAACGCUUCAUACGCUGGAAAUUAUAGUGGCUUCUAUACAGCAUUAACUAGUGGGCAAUAUGUUAUUUACGGUACUGCGGGCACAAUGUACAGUUUAUCGAAUACAUUUACACUCAACUCAUUUGUGAGUGCUGCUGGAUGGUCGGAUAAUUUGUGUUUUAAUAUAGCGGGCUUUCGUGCUAGUAUUCGCAGGUACUUUCAGGGAUUUUUACUUCAGGGCACAGUAGCUACUAUUAUCACACUAAAUUGGACCGAUAUUGAUAUGCUCACGCUUAGUUCAUGUUGUGGAAUAGCACAUACGGGAUUUCAGGUCUUUAAUCAAUAUUUUGCUAUUGACAAUAUGUGCGUUACAUUUUAG